GUGUUUGACAGCAAACAGUCAUCAGCGUGACACGGAUCAGAAGUCAACACGUGGCCCCUCAUUCAAUUCGCCGACAGUGACUAUUCUCCCCCCACAGUUGGGUUUCUGAGGCCACACGUUGCAGUUUGGUGGUGUAGUAGAGUCAAUUGUUAAAUAGACUGUUGGGAAAAUGUCAUAUGACAUGAUUCUCAUCUUGGUAAUUGACACAUUUUAUACAGCUGUCCAAUCGCAAAAGUAUCACUGAUAUUUUGUUAGCCCCUUGACAGAUGUCUGUCAAUCUAAUAGACUGUAUUUAUGUCUGUCUAUUGUAUUUUUUGUUGUUGUAAAAACUAGUUUUAAGACCCUAACUGUUUUAGUUUGAUAAAACAAUCCCAGCCUCAAGGUCGACAUCUGUGUUCAUCCGCGGAUUAAGUCUGUUCAGUUGCCAUCAAGAUGGAUCUGUUGAAAUGUGAAUUCAGCAGCUGUUGUGGCUGUGAUUGUCGGAUGACCUAGCUUACCUAUGUUUUUGUCCAAACUGUAUAGCUGUUUUGUUUUUUUGAUUUGUUUUUACAACCCUAGCCUAUCUAAUUAUCUAAACCUUCAGGUUUCUGGGAAGGUUUCAACCACCAAACAGGAGAGCAACAGACUAAAACUGACAAUCAAGUCUGCAAAGAGAAUCACUAUAUCAUAUAUGUAUACAUAGCCUUCAAUGUACAUAUCCAACCAUCCCCUGUCCACAUAUUUAUCAAGUAUCAAUUGUUUAUUUAAUUUAUUCUUUAACCUGUUGUUCAGUUUUCUUAGUUGUUGUCCUCGUUCCUGGCUGUACAUUUACUUAUUGUACGGUAGAGUACUGAGAGCAAUUUGCAAGUAAAGUGUAAUUCCUUAAAUAAAUGAAUAAAUAAAUGAUAAACAAAGCCGGAUGACGCUGGUCCACACUCCAAAACACUAGAUGGCAGUCAUGCGCCGUAUCGCUAGUUUACCACCCGCCAUUAAAAAGAAAGAAGAAGAAUACGGAAGUGACGUUGUCGUUUAGUCUCGCUGCUCACACGGAAACGACAGACCUGUCAACAAACUACAGUGAUUAUUUUUGUUCGUAUGUACUCGUUUUUUCUACCUGAUAGUAUUUGCCAAGGUCCACACUAUUAUGCACACGUUGCUGUAAAGUCAUCGGAGCUGCCUCGGCUAGCCAAGGCCAGACAGCCCGGCGCAAGCUAACACCACGGUCAAGAAGUAGCUCGUUGUUUACGUUGCAUUACGUACGGGGAUCGCUUGAUCCUUUUCAGGCAGUUUCCAGUAAAUGGCCUGCACGUUAGAGAAAGUGCUGGGCGAUGCUCGGACCCUUCUCGAGAGGCUGAAAGAGCACGACACGGCCGCCGAGGGACUGAUCGAGCAGUCCGGGGCCCUCAGCCACAGAGUGCAGAGCAUGAGAGAGGUGGGCAAUGCCCUUCCAGACAAGCACACAGAAGACACUUCACAGAUUCAGGAGUUGACCAAAUACAAGCCCCACGUUCUCCUGUCUCAGGAAAAUACUCAAAUCAAGGAGCUUCAGCAGGAGAAUAAAGAACUAUGGUUGUCUCUCGAAGAACACCAGUAUGCUUUGGAGUUGAUCAUGGGUCGGUACCGCAAGCAGAUGCUUCAGCUGAUGAUGGCGAAGAAGGAGCUGGACACCAAGCCUGUGCUCAGCCUCCACGAGGACCACGCAAAAGAAGUGCAGCACCAGGUGGAGCGAAUAUGCGAGAUGGGCCAAGUGAUGAGAAGAGCGGUGCAGGUGGAUGAUCAGCACUACUGCUCUGUUCGAGAGAGACUGGCUCAACUAGAGGUUGAGAACAAGGAGCUGCGAGACCUCCUGGUCAUCAGCAAGAGCUCUGUGAAGACGGCCAGAGAAGAAACCAGCCAGCCAGCGACAGUAGCACAAGAGCAGUCCCCUGAACCAGGGUCCGACGAGUGACCGGAACAGCUACAGUGCGAACUGUGAAUACGGAAAAAGAGUUCUUCAGAAGCAGGAGACUAAAGGGGUUGAAGAUCUCUUCAACUGUGUUCACCGUAUUCAUUUUAAUUACAAUUUUUUUUUUUUUUUAACAAAAUGUGGGACGCAAUCAGACCACACAGCAUCUGUAGCUAAGGCCACUUAAACAAAGCAUUUACCAGUGGGUAUAUCUGCAUGGUAGCUGUUUCACAUGUACAGUACACAUAUAUACACACAUACAUACCGAGGCAGCAAAAGCGAAGGGGAUUUAUUUAGUUUUUUUGCCAAAGAUUAAUUUACCCGUCAAGGACAAAGUUUCUACCUCUUUGUUGCCCCUUUGCUGUUCACUCACUCUCACAACACGUAGUCUGCUCAUAACCACCCCAUUAUGACGUCACGAUGAGAUCAACUUGUAGGUUGCACCGUUGUACGAAGCUGUGUGUGAUAAUGACUUUGCCAACAUGAUGACUUUGGGCUGUUUCACAGUUUUGCCUGCUGACGAUUCACAGUGGAACAUUUGUACGUGUGAUAUGUGACUGUCCAUCAUCUUAUGAAUUUGAUACCUUUUGUCUGACUGUACAAUUCACAUACAACAUGAGUUCCGUGUUUAUUACUUUGAUUGUGUUGUCUUUAACACCUGUUUUUCUAGUUGUCAGAUCUGGAUGCGGUGUAUUCAAAUGAACCUAGCCGAUGGCACAUCUUUAUUUAAUGGUAUCAAUUUCAAAAUAUGCCAACUUUUUUUGUUUGUAUGUUCUCCGAAAUUGUAUAUUGUCAUCUCAGGAAAUCAGUGUUAAUAAGGUGAACAUGCUGUAACGACUUCACGACAGUGUACUGAUGUGUGUCAAACUAAAUUUCAUUCAAAUACUUUAAAAAAUAAAUUUGUAACAAAUGCAA